CAUGCACUAAAGGAAGAACCUUUAAAAAAAAACUGGUAACAUGGUUUUGGUGGGCCGCAAUUGGAAAGAGUAACGUUUAAAAUCAGAAAAGAGUAACAUUUAAAAUCAGAGACAUUCCCCCCGCCCCCCGGAAUUCAGCCGUUUGGUCGAGCCCAGCGGGCGGGAAGCAACUUCAAACAAACAAAAGCCAACAGAAAGCCUCAGCAGGAAGUCACCGCCUUCGUGGAGUAGUCUGCAUCAUUACACUUGCCACUUACUGUAAGUUUUGAAUGUUAUUAUUAGUUUACUUUUACUUAUUUUAUUGUUAACGUGUUUGUCUCAGAGAACGUAGACCUUCUCAAAGUUACUUAGCACGACCACUAGCGCGAGACGAUGCAACUCUCCUGCCAAACAGAUGAGAGGUUGCUGCUAGCAUGAGCACUAACGUUAAUGGAGUGGUCGGCAGUUGACAUUUAGCUUGAGUCUGUAUGUGGCCCACUAAAAGUUAGAUGGAGAUAGAUAGAUAAAUACUUUAUUGUAACCCAUGGGGAAAUUCGACAAAUUACACACUCUAGCAGCACAACUAGCACUACCAGAGUGGGCUAGCACUACCAGACUCAAAAUAAUUUGACGACGGAUGAAUCUAGCCACGCGCUCAUUACCCGCGCUAAUGUGCUGUCAGACACCUCAUAUGUAAUAGUUUUUUUUGUCGAUAGAAACGUUCAAUAGUGUACCGCUAAGGUCCAGUAUUAAAAUAGCAUUGACGAGCAUGCUCGAACUGAGUUCCUACACUGCACGUUCACAUUUUUUCGUAGCUUCUAUGGAUGUUAGUUUUUAAAUUCUGAGUGAGUUGGUGCAGUGAGCAUCUAGCUAGAUUGCUGUUAACAGAACUAGAGUUAACUAGUGCUGCGUCCGUGUAAAACAAACAUGCAAGCAGUUUUUGUAAGGUAAUAUGUGGUUAUAUUAUGUAGUAAGUAUAAGCAUUUUAAAAUUCUAAACUUGUUCUUUGCCUUUUAGGUUGCUGGUCCAAGAAUGAUCUGGAACUAACAUCUACGGUCCUAUGAGGUGACAACUGCAAACACAAGCCUGUCGAUCCACCUGCAGUCUGGUCUGAAUGAUACAGUCCCUCUUCCAGCAUACAAGAUAGACGGCUCGCUGCUGCUAACCCUCAAACGGUUCAUUCAAGUGAGACAGAACUAAGUAGCACAAUGGCAGCUGCAUCCCCUGAACCAAUGAUUCUACGUGUUGUUGAGCCAGACCAGGCUAGAAAAUUAAAACUCAACUCACGACCAGCCUCUGUUGAUGCACUGAUCAAUAUUCUAAAAGAACAGCUGGACAUUGACCUUGACUUUGAUUUACUUUAUGAAGAUCCAGACUUCGAUGGAAAACUUACAUCCCUGAAAGACAUUGAGGAAUUGCCACAAAAAGCAGUUGUGCACAUUUCACUUUCACAAGACUCCAGUUCUAUUGCAUCUACUAUUCUGCUUUCAGAUGUGUCCUCUCCAGAGCGUCUCAGCAGGUGGCCUACGGGACCUUUUCCAGUUCCCACCUUUGCUUUUGAUGUUGAGCUGAAACUUAGAGAUGGGAAUGCGGAAUAUGAGAAGAACCACACACCCCUUAAAGUGACAAGAGACCUAAAGCAUGACAUUUUAGAAAAGCUUGCAUCUACUAUAUAUGGUUUUAAGGCUUACGCAAGUGAUAAAGACAUCGCAAUGGCUGCUGAGGCUCUUGUAGCCAAACAUCCCUGCCUGAAGGAAGCAGGAUCUGAGAGUGGCUGGAAUGGAUGGAAAUACAGCCUCAAGUUCAAAAUGGGCAAUUACAGGAACAAGAUGAGGCGUGCUGGAUGUCAGGAGGUCACCGUUAAUGCUGGAAGAAGAAGUAGAAGUAAUCCUGAAAAUGAACCUUCACAUUCCAACAUUAAAAGACCCAAGCGAGCAGAAGUGAACUUCCUACCCAACUUUGCCCAAGGAAAGGAUCCUUCAAGCCUUGAGGAGUUGAGGCAGACAAUUGUUGAGGAAGUCAAGAAGACUGAGAAGGACCUGCCCCUCAUUAGAAAGAUGAUGGAGACCACAUUUCCCCUACGCCGACAGACCAUAGUGAUGUCCUGCCCACCAGUGAACGAGCUCAUGAACCUCUGGCCUGCUCUCAAAAUAGAAUCUGAGUUGUAUGCAGAGUUCCAGCGGAUUACGAAUCAGAACCUGCCCAACACAUUCUAUUCUGAGCUUGACCACCAUCUUCCUCGACUGAUGACCUUAUUCAGACAGAAAGCAUCAAAAACUGGGAAGACCGCAGAUGUUCUCACUGAAAUUUUAAAAAUCCACGAGGAACAGGAAAUCCAUGACAUCUUCACCAAGCGCACUACGGCUCUCCGAGCCCUUCCUGUGUAUCUGCGCGAGGACGUUUCUGAUUUUUUCAGAACCUGCACAGACGAGUCUGAUGAGCCAGAGCUUGAUGGUAUUGCAGUGGGCCUCCUUACUGUCAUCAGUGACCAUGACGCAGUCCAAAGUCCAGUUCACUACCAACCUGUGAGAGUCUCUGUCGUCAUUGAAAGUGAUGCCGUGGUCAGCCUCCCCAGACUUGGCGAAGCCUUCCUGGUAAUCUUUGGACUGAUCUAUGCACUACACCUCAGCUAUCCCAAAGCACUGACCAACACUUUUGAAUUUAUUCAAAAGAUUUUACUUGGUCUAGAAGGUGGCAAACUGUCACCCAAGUUGCAGACCCUCAAGAAUGACUUGAUGCUGUAGAAACUCAACUGAAAGAAGGCUGUAGGGUUACCAGACUAGUUCAGUUUUCCUUUUGUCUGCAUACUGUAAUGCCUACUAAGUUACUGCACAGGUGUUAAGCUAAUAGGCCCAAAAAACACAAUAUGCAUUGGUUCUCAUUAAAGUGAUGGUUUGGAGUAAAAUUCACCCUAGGUUAAUUGCACCAUGACAACCAGUCAAAAACGUUGCCACUAACGUAACGUGUAUAUCUGGUUAAUUACACCACUAAUAAUUCCUGUAAUGUUACCACACUUCUUCAGUAGUACACAUAGGGUCUGUACUUGUGAACCAAGGCAUUGGAAAGUUUGUAAGUACACCACAUUUUGUUAAAAAUAGCACUUACCUACUAGUUUCUGAUCUUCUGCUACUAGCUACCGUUGUGCACUGCUUUUACUCACUUUUUCUGAAACGAGGAAGUGGUGUCUGCGCAGUGGUAGCUAGCAGUAGCAGAGAGAAGAAACUAUCAGGGAAGUGCUAUUUUUGAUAAAAUCUGAUAUACUUACGAACUUUCCAAUGCCUCGGUUUAUGAUGACUUACGGACCCCAGGUGUACUACUGAAGAAGUGUGGUAACAUUCCAGGCAUUAAUAGUGGGGUAAUUUACCAGAUAUACACGUUACGUUAACGCCAAUACUAACCUAAUCAGCGACUAGACCUAACACGAAUGUUCGACCAUUGCUAAAAAAAACUAUUUGGUUUGGGGGUAUUAUCGGGGGUAGGGUUAGGGGAUAUUAUCGUGCAAUUAACCUAAUUUUACUCCGAACCAUCGCUUUAAUAUAAUGCUUGAUACUGUUAAGUGAGGAAGAACACAUU